CCCACCACCCACCGGCCCAAAUUUUGGAGGCAUUCGUUUCGUUCUCUCAUCUUCGCUUUUCUUCUCACCUCCCAUUCCCUGCGGCUCGUAGGGCUCAAGAACCGGUAGCUCCUCACUAGAGAAUUGGGGGGAAGUUUUUCGUUGGGAGGAGGAAGAUGGGCGAUUCCAUGGCUUUCAUAUGCAAUAUUCGGCUUACGUUGAGAUCGGUCGCAAACUAGAUGGGUUUGAUUCCCUCGCCGGGGCUGGACUGAUAUCCCCUUUUCCAUCGGUUUGAUGCAAAGUAACCGCUGUUCGAGGUAAUUCGAUGCUUCUUCUGAUGAUAUGAAUUUGCUUGCUCGUUGGAGCUGUGAUGGGUGAGUUCAUAUCAGUGUGACUAAUUGCAGUUUUAGAAAUUGAGGGGGCCUUCUUAAUUCUGCAUCUCAAUCGAAUUAUUGCCACUGAACGUGAUUAGUGAUUGUUAGUACUUAGGAGCAGCUGGAAGCAUUAUUUCAUUUUUGAUGCCGUUAUGGUGGGUUUUUAAUGCUCAACAAGAAAGUUGGUUCCUUUAUUUCUUCUCGUUGGAGGAGGAAAGAAGUUAAUGGGGUUUUGGAUGAGACUGUGCUUAAAGAUUUGAGCUUUAUGUAUUAAUGAACUCCAAUAACUCCAGAAUAAUCGCAGUUAGAACUUAGAGUUGUAGAUUGUUUCGUGGGUUUUGGUAUAUUGAAUUUGAUUUGAGUUUGAUAUGCCCCACCCAGAUCAUGGCUCUAGCUCAGCUAUUGAGUCUGAGUAUCUUGAUAACUAGCAACAGUUUGUUAAUCCUAAUCGUGGUUUCUGUUGAUUCCUAUCGAUAGCCAUGGUUGGGAAGUUUCUAGACUCUAGAAGUGAUCUUUAGCUUAGUUUAUAUUCAUGUUGCAUCUGUUGUGCCUGAAAUGGGCGAUAACAUGAAUCGAGAUUCCUCUGCUUUUUAUUGUUCUGGACUUUUUUUACAUAAACUUCUGAUGGCUGACAGUGUCCAUUUUGUAAAUGCUCUGCAUAUAUAACUUGCAGCUAACACAAACACACCACUUCUUUCACUCGAAGAAGGGAGUCCCAUUUGCUGACUACCAAGGUAUCUGCAACUGGUUGACUAGGUUGGUGCAAAUAGAGAAUGGAAAGCAACUCACAUGCAAUAGGAACUUUAUAGCACCACUGUGCGAGCUGUGCUGUGAGUACUGUUUUCUACUACUUGCUUCAUGUUCUCAACUUCUGAUCAAUCAAACAGAAAUUAGUGAGAGUUGAGUUAGGUUCUUCACCGUGUCUCUGGCUGAUGAUGCAUAAAGUGGGGAGCUUCACUGUGUUUUUCUAUGUUCAGAAUAACUGCAUAGUUCUUAUUCUGUAUCUUGGUCAUUGAUUCACAUAAUUUCCUUGGGAAGAAGCAUUCUGAACAAGUGUUUUUGGGAUUGAGACAUUAUGAUUCGUUUUCCGGACUUAUUUGCUUUAUCAUGAUGGCUGAUGGAUCAGAUGAAAAUUUCCUGUUAAGAAAAGCCUUGUCCGAUGGAAAUGGGACUGCAAUGAUGAAUUUAUAUUGGACUGAUCUAGCACAGAAUUGAACAUUAACAUGUGCUUAUUCCCUCACUUAUCAUUGUCGUAUGUCUUCUUUUGCAGGUACCUGAUACACUCACAAACACUCAAAUACUGACAUCCAAUGUCGUUCUGGUAAACAGGUGCAAGUUCUUUGCAGAUUGGCUCUCUAAUGCAUGCCUUUGACUCAGUCAAAUCUGCUCUCAGAGUUCUCGAAGAAUCUGUUGCUCUCAACUGUGAGGAAGAAACAACAAAGAGCUGCAUCCAGUACUUGGAGGCUGUUCCGUGGGACGACAGUGAAGAGGAAGAAAUCGUCAAAGUAGCCUCCAGGCUUGGCCCAAUAGCCAUGCCUAUCGUCGCCAGAAUAAGUCCAGUGGACCUAACCGCUACAAGGAACGUCUUCCUCUCCGCGCUCCGCUUCGCCACAUCAUCUCCUGGUGGAGAAGGGUCAGGCCUUCCCUUUGGCGAUGAACUCAGAACUUCGGCACAAGAACAAAUUGAAUACAUGUUGGGAGAGGAUGAAGAGACUCCAUUAGUCACAGCCGACGACGAAGUGAGAUCGGUUGCCAGAGCAGGCCUUGCCCAGAUCUUCUCCUCGUUCCAAACCAUCAUAUCUUGUUCCUUAUCAGAAACAACAGAGACCGAAGCGUUGCAUAUUGUCUCUGAUCUCGUGUGGAUGUGCAACGUACUCCCGAAGAUGGACAUGAUGAAGGACUUUGUCGUGAGAUGGACUGAAGCAUCUAUUGUUGAGAUCAUCGAAGACAAUAGAUUCGAGUCGAUUGUAUGGGGCUUGAAAGUGAAGGUAAUCGAAGUGACAGUUAAAGUACUCGAGGCAGUUGGGUAUGGAACCGUGAUUCUGCAACCAACAUUGCGUGUGCAGUUGUUGAGGACGUGGCUGCCUUACAUAAGAAAACUGAAGCCGAUCUUAGAUGCAAAGGCUGAGCAGGACCCGAGUUUUGGACACAGGAUGGACGAGGAUCUGUGCCAGAACAUAGAAGGGGCGAUCGUGUCUCUAAUACUGGCACUGCCAUCGAACGAUCAGGGUGAGAUUCUGGCGGGCUGGAUGAGUGGGGAGCAGGUUAAGUUUCCCGAUUUGAGCGAGGCGUUUGAGGUCUGGUGCUAUAGAACCAAAUCGGCGAAGAGAAGGUUGGUGGAAGGUGGCUUGGACAGAGUUGGCAAUGGCAAUGGUAGAAUAGAGACGACUGAAAUGCGGGACAUGACUAUGAUCCCGUAGAAUAGUUGAGAUUGUAGCAUUGUUGUAUUGUAUGAGAGACAGAUUGGAGGUUGGUGGAUAAGUGUUGUAACCUCCCCAACCAACUGGGAAGAAAAGAAAAAAAGAUGACAGACAUUUGGUGUCACCUUCCAGGUCGGCCAUGGUGUUGAUUGCAGACACAGACAGGAAGGAAUCUCUUGCAGUGAAGGGUUCGAGGAAGUAAGCAUUGUCGACGCCUUGUCGUUGAUGAUUGUUUUUGGGGAAUAUUGAUUUGGUUGUUUGCCACAAAACCUCCAAUUAUGAAGUCUGAUUUGUUGAAUCACAAAAAACGCGGUCUGGCAACCAAUGAAGCUCCAUUUUUGUUGUAUUACUGCUCGUAGAGUACUGGUUUUUUUCUCUAAGUUUGACAGUUUGACUUCUAAAAUAAUCAUUCAGAACCUUCAAGAUAGAACAACUUCACAAUAUGUUUGUCAAAUUGUGAUAUGAAGGUAAAAGAAGUCUCUCUUCUAAUACAUUAGACAAAUCCUA